CCAGCACCCCAAACCGGUACUUUCAAAACUAACACAACCCGGUUGUUUUCCAGCUAAGGGAAAUAUAAUUCAAACAUCACGCUUGGUCAAAGUGGAGUCAACAGUUUGACGGGAUAUGGACGAAGAAGACCCCGCGGCGUCUAUGGCACUAAGGAAAGUGUCUCAGAUGAAAGCCAUGGAGGAGCCAAGAAAGUCGUAGCUGUGUCUUUGACAGCUGCUGCAGGAGGACGCAAGCUCCGCUCAUGUCUCCGAGCUGCGCAAGCAGAAGCUGAUGGAGUAUUUGACAAUGAAAGGAAAAUCCAAAUUGCCCGGAUCAAAGCCAAACGUCGCUGAUGGUCCGGUGAAGAAGUCUGAACCUGCACGACCAUCUUCACUCCAGCUCAUCAAGGGAAAAGAAAACAAAGCCCCCGUCAGCAAUUUUAGACAGAAAGACAAAAACGCUCAACCUUUGGCUCCUCUUGCCAAACAAAACCUGGGCAGAAAAACUUUUGUGGUUCGAAACAAAGAGAAUCUACAAAGCAGCAUCCGGACUGAACCACAGAAAUCCAGAGGUUCGCUUAGUGGUUGUUCCACACUCGCUGAAAAGCCAGCUUUUAAGGCGACAUACAGGCUUUCCUCCAAGUCCCUCCUAAAAGCAGACAGUCAUCCCACAAAUCAGACCAAAGUCAGGAAGCCGCCUAUAGGGAAAGCCUCUUCCAAUGUCAACUUUUCAGUUAUGAAGAACCCGAAAGGCACCCUCAGGGCUGCGACACAUAAAGCUGCUUCCUUCCCGGCUACGACUUACACCGACAGGAUGAGUUUGGGACAAAUGGUCAAAACCAGGACUGGCCUCAUUCCCACCAUGAUCAUACACAGAGUCUCUGAACCAGUACGGACUCAGAAAUCCGCUCCUUUGCGAUCCGGCGUCUCAUCUUCCUGUCCCGUCUCCAAAAUCCCACUACACCAAAGACCAGCUGUCUGUUGUUUGACUGCCAACAAGACUCAGGAGUCUCGCCACAAAGCCAUCCUCGCCAGACAGUCGCAGGCGCCUUCUUUUAAACUGAAAUCAACAUUCACCACCUCCUCGUUGCGCACAGCACCACACGCUCAGGCGGCAAAGCAGAGACCUGAGCUCGAAGCCAGGAAGACGAGCCAGCGGCCCAACGUCCAUGGCGGAGUGGCGGCGAGCAGGUGCGUUGCCAAGAUAGACGGUAAAGCCCCUCCAGCUGUGGCACGAGUGGAGAAACCCAAGACGGGCAGAGAGGCUGCAAAUAAGGUGGCGGAUGCCUCCAUUAAGACUGCUCCAAAGAGAAGAAACGCUCCGGUGCCACAGACCGCCACUGCGAUCAGCCAACCGAAGCCCGCUCCUGCUACGAAAGCGCCAAAGUCCCGAACUGUGGACAAAAAAGUUACUGCUGAACAAGAGGAGAGAACAAAGAAACUGCAGGCCUGGCGGGAAGCCAAAGGUAUUUCCUACAAGCGCCCUCCGAUGACAAUCAAGCCCCCGGUCAAGCGAGCUGUGGCUUUGCCUGAACCUUUCUGGACCACCAAAAAGGCGGAGGACGACGCUGGCCUGUUUGUCCAAGCCGUGGACAGAUCCCUGUCCGACUGCAUUAAACUGCUUGCUGAGAGCUGCCAAACCCACCGGGUGAAGGAGGUCCUCUCCCGGCUUCCCCCCGUCUGCCGGAAGUUUGUCAAAUUCUGGAUCCUUAAGGCCCGCCUGAUGGAGCAAGAGGGCGACCUGGACGUCCUGCCCAUGUUUGAGGAGGCCGUCAAAGUUGUCUUGGAACCUGUGGACGAGUUGCGCACGGUGGUCUUUGACAUCUUGAAGAAAAAGGACAAGACCCAAGGUGGCUGUGAUGCCUGUGAGGACGACGAGAAGGAAGAAUGCCAAACUCCAAGCAAAGUGGAAAGUGCAGCUGAGAGUGACGACAACCACCCCAUGGUAACUCCCCCGGAACCUGUCAGAGCCAUCAUCUGGGGGGAGAAGAGCUCCUCGUCUGUCGUCAAGUACAAGAUCACAGUCACUCCUGGGGGCCCUUUAAGCCAGCAGAAGGAGCCCAGGCAAGUCGACGGCCAGAAAGUGCUCUUCUUCACACCGGUGAGGCGCUCUGUGCGCAUCCAGAAGACGUCGCUGAAGUACCCGGCAUGCCUCCAGGAGCAUGACCGUUGUGUGGCCUCGUUCAGUGACCUGCUGGCCGCCGAAGAGGAGGAAGAGGAGGAGAAAAUGGACGUUAAAAAACAGACAGGCGGCGAAACGAGCUCCAAGGACGGUUCGCUCAUGUACAUCUACCGGGAGAACGAGGCGCUGGAAGACAAAAUAUGUGUCCAGCUUCUGGGGGAGCAGGAGUCCUAACUGCUUUGGUACACCUGCCGAUGACAGUUUUAAGUAUUUUUAUGACAACAACAAAAUGUUUUUACCUUUCAGGGUCCAAAAAGAACAGGAUACUUUAUGAAGUAAAUGCCUCGGAAGUCAAGUGAAAAUUUAAACUGUCGAAGGCAUUGAUAAACCUUGGCAAUGAUGAAGAGCAAUACAAUUUACUACACCAUUUGUACCAAGCACAUUCACUUGGUGUCAACUUCAAAAGAAUUGCCUAUAAAAGACCACUAGGUGACAGUAUAGUCCCGCAAAUACCUUGUUCGCUGCAUGUCCUUUUCAAAGGGUGAGUUACUUCAUAGUUUUUCAUUCUUGUUUAACACUUUUUGCAAUGUUGUGGUAGUUGUUCAAAUGUUACCUGAGCUGUUAAUAAAAUAUUUUAUGUUAGCAAAUGAUGUUUAAUUUCCUAAGGAGAAGCGGAACCCUAAAUAAUGACAUCUGAUUUUACCAAACUUCCUGUUACCUUUCCAUCAUGUGUCCUCUUUGAAGGGUGAGUACUUUUUGUAAUAUCUCUUAAAACUCAUUGCUUGACCUUGUUUUAAGUUCGUAUGACAGGUAAAGAAUGUUGCUUUAAUCGAGUCAUUAAAGGUUAUACAUGG